UCGAAGACGAAGACAAGAUGGCGAUGCAAAGUCAGAGAAAGGCGAAUGUUCGCCUGCCGCCUGAAGUUAAUAGAAUUCUAUACGUAAGAAAUCUCCCAUACAAGAUAACAGCUGAGGAGAUGUAUGAUAUAUUCGGAAAGUAUGGAGCAAUCAGACAGAUUAGAUUUGGCAAUGCACCAGACACAAGAGGGACGGCAUUUGUAGUAUAUGAAGAUAUCUUUGAUGCAAAAAAUGCAUGCGAUCAUCUAUCAGGGUUCAACGUCUGUAACAGAUACUUGGUGGUCUUGUAUUAUCAGUCCAAUAAGGCCUUCCAAAAGUUGGACAAGGAAAAGAAGAAACAAGAACUUGAAAAAAUGAAAGAAAAAUAUGGCAUUGGAAAAGACAAAUAAAAUAGGACAAAAACAACUGAUUUCCUCUGAACUCAGAGUAACAAGAUCUUCAAUCUGUUAUUAUUUAUAUUCUUUUGUAAAAGAUGCAUACCAUCAAAUUUUGUAUCAAGUAAUGUAAACAGAUCUAAUAAAGAAAUGUAAAUAGUUUUACUUUA